AAUCUGAAUCCACUAUCCGUUUAAGAAGAUCCAUUUAUGAACCAUAUACCCAUUUUGCCAUUCUGCGGUCUCGUAUAUAGUGAUAUCGGACAACUAACUUGAACACAUUUGAAAUGCUUCCAAUGACUUCUUUCAUUUCUUGCACUUUCUUGUCCUUUCUCCUCUUCUUCUCCAUCUCCUCUGCCAAGACCACCACCUCCUUCCUCCAGCCACCACCACCACCAUCUUCUCCCUCCUCCUCAUCGCCGGAGAAUGACCUCAUUCAUGAAGCCUGUAAGGCUUCACGUGACCCGCCUACAUGUGAGUCGACAUUGUCCCAAUCCAGUCACGUGCCGCCUCCCAAUUCAACCCUCUUGGACGUCAUCCAAUCUGCCACUUGGGCUUCUUCAGAAAACCUCAACCUUGCCAUUUUAAUGGUGAAUGAUAUCCUGAACUCGUCCGCAGAGAAUCUGAACCUCUCCAUUGCUGCCUGGAAUUGUGUGGAGGGACUUGUCUAUUCUGCGUAUAGGACAGGUUCAACGGCUGAGAAUUUGCCACGUGGUAGGAUGAAGGAUUCACGUGCAUGGAUGAGUGCGGCUCUGGCUUACCAAGCUGGCUGUUCGUCCGGGUUGAAAACUGCCAACGGAGGUUUCAAUUCUAAAGUGAACGAAACGGUGGCGUUUUUGGAUGGUCUAAUUGGGAUAACUACUAAUUCUUUGGGCAUGAUGGUAAAUUACGAUAAUUUCGGCAAUGAAUCCGGGUCAUGGGGCCCGCCCAAAACCGAGCGGGAUGGGUUUUGGGAUCGGGUUAACGGGUCGAGUGAUGGUGUUGGAUCCGGGUUUGACUUUAACGGCGGGGUGCCGUCUGGGUUGAAGGCGAUCGUAACGGUGUGCAAGGGCGGUGGUUGCGACUAUGAGACGGUGCAAGAGGCGGUAAAUGUGGCGCCGGACAACGAUGCUAGCCGGAGGUUUGUGAUCUGGAUCAAAGCGGGUUUAUACGAGGAAACAGUUCGGGUACCGUUGGAGAAAAAGAAUGUGGUGUUUUUGGGUGAUGGGAUGGGCAAAACUGUCAUUGCAGGGUCGUUGAAUGUGGGCAUGCCAAGAGUGUCCACCUACAAUACUGCAACAGUAGGUGUAAUCGGUGAUGGAUUCAUGGCCAGCGGUGUCACAUUUCAUAACACCGCCGGCCCUGUUGAACACCAAGCAGUAGCCUUCCGAUCACAAUCUGACCUUUCAGUCAUCGAAAACUGCGAAUUCAUCAGCAACCAAGACACGUUAUAUGCUCAUUCUCUCCGGCAAUACUACAAAUCCUGUCGUAUCCAGGGCAACGUAGAUUUCAUAUUUGGCAAUGCAGCUGCAUUUUUCCAGGACUGUAUCAUCCUAGUUGCCCCUCGGCAAAUCAAACCCGAAAAGGGAGAAACCAAUGCUGUUACAGCUCAAAGCAGGACGAGCCCUGCUCAAUCAACAGGUUUUGUUUUUCAUAACUGCGUGAUCAAUGGAACUGAAGAAUAUAUGGCAUUGUACUAUAGCAAUCCAAGUGUACAUCGAAAUUUUCUUGGAAGGCCAUGGAGGGAGUAUUCCAGGACAGUAUAUAUUAAUUCUACAAUAGAGGCAUUGAUUUCCCCUGAAGGAUGGUUGCCUUGGAAUGGCGAUUAUGCAUUGGCGACACUUUAUUAUGGGGAAUAUGCAAAUAGUGGACCGGGGGCUAAUGUAACAGGCCGGGUGAGUUGGAGUAGUAGGAUACCAGAUGAGCAUGUUCAGGCAUAUUCUGUGCAUAAUUUUAUCCAAGGUGAUGGUUGGAUCCCCGCUUCAUCUUGAUUCAUAGAAGAAAAAUUAGUCAUGCCAGACAUUAUAAUUUUCAGAGGCAACAUAUUUUUUCUCAUUUCGUGUAUGUUUAGAUUGAGAUAUACUCUUUUUUUUUUUGGGGGUCAAUUCUAAUAA